GUCGUGUCAACCAUUCCAAUGUAGGCCACAACAUGCUGCUUUGGCACGCACACGCCGUCAACGUCUAUCGCACCGAGUUCCAAGAGACCCAAGGCGGCACGAUCGGUAUGACGCUCAACUGCGACUGGCGCGCGCCCAAGCCCAGCGACGACCCGGUGCAGUGGGCCCAGAACGUCGAAGCCGCCGAGCGCGCCGUCCUCUUUGACCUUGGCUGGUUUGCGGACCCGAUCUACUUUGGCGACUACCCCGAGGCGAUGAAGGCGCGUCUCGGCGACCGCCUGCCGCGCUUCACGCCCGAGGAGUCGGCACUCCUCAAGGGCAGCAACGAUUUCUUUGGGAUCAACCACUACGGCACCAACUACGUCGAGCCCUCGGACGCGUACCUUGCCAAUGCCCCAUGCGGUCGUGACGGCAUCAUUUUUGAUGACGCUGGCGUCAAGAUGUCAGCGGACGAUGCGUGGCCGCGUACCGACUUGGGCUGGAACGCCGUGCCGUGGGGUUUUCGCCAUCUUCUGUGCAUCUGA